GCCCGCCCACCCCGCGCUGGCAUGCUUCGCUCCGCCCGCGCCGUCGGUGCCGCCGCGCUCCGGCACCUUGCGACUCCCCCCUCGCGGGCGGGUGUCGCCCUGUCGGACCCGCUCGGCUUGCUCCGGCGUCCGGGGCUCCUGCCAGCCGCGGGGCAGAUCGUCCGGGCCCGGCACUCGUGGGCCGGGGCGCCGCCCUCGCGCGGGCCCCCCCCGCCCUCGACCGACGAUGACAAGCAGAUCCUCAAGCGCCGGCUGAAGUACCAGCAGCACGCGGCCACGGUCGCCGGGCCGACGCCGUUGCGGCAGCAGCCACAGCAGCCGCAGCACCGGCCGCACCACCCGCACUCGCACUCGCAGCAUCAGCAGCGCGGGUCGCCUUCGCGUGGUGGCCGCAACGCCAAUGCCGGUGGUGGUGGCGGCGGCGGCGGCGGCGGCCAUGGCGGCGGCUACGCCGACCGGCGCGGUGAGCGGGGCCCUCGCGCUGAUCGCGGAGGCCGCACCGCCCAUGGCGGCCCUCGCACCCGCGAGGAUCGCGGCCAUCAUGGCCAGCGCAAUGGCCGGCCCGGCAGGACCGCCGACCGUCCGGCGGAUAUCCCCCCCCACGGCCGGGACACCAUCCCCUCCGGCCCGACGCCGGAUUGGGUCAACCGCCUCCCCACGCCGAACAUCCCCACCACCCUCAUCACGCCGGACCUGCUGGCCCGGAUGGGCACGCGGGCGGCCGGCACCGCGGCCAUGGCCUCUCUUGCCACGGUGGCUCCCCGGUUCGGGGGGUCAUCUCGGCCGGGCUCGGGCUCGGGCUCGGGCUCGGACGUGGGCCCGCGCGCGCGGCCCCGCUCCCCGGGCCCUCCUGCUCGCGGUCCCGGCCCCCGCGCCUCGGGCCCUGCCGCUCGCAGCCCGGCCCCCGGCCCGGUCAUCUACGAGCCGGAGUUCCCGGAGUUCAUCACCCGCGGCAAGCUGUCGCCCACCGACCGCCUGCGCAUGGUCCCCGACUUGCGUACCAUGGUGCCGGACUUCGCCGCGACCACCCUCUCGCCCGUGCUCAUCAAGGUCCUCCGCCAGCGGGGCAUUUCCAUCCCCUCCAAGCCGCAGUCCACGUCGCUGCUGGCCGCCCUCUACGGCUUCGACGUGGCCAUCGGGUCCACCCUCGGCAGUGGCAAGUCCCUGACGCUGGUGCUGCUGAUGGUGCAGAAGAUGAUCGCCGCGCGUGUCCUUUCCCUGCCGUCGGCCGUGCGCCGGACCCUGGAAGCGGACCUGGCCGGGCCCGAGGCCGAGCUCCUGGCCCAGACGUCGGCCGUGGAGCUGGAGCACCAGAAGCGCGUCCGGUUCUUCCGGGAGCUGGAGCGCCUGGGCGCCGCCCCGCCGCCCGGGGCCCCGGGCCCCGGCGCCGCCGGCUUCCCGGAAAUUUGCCACCUCCCCCUGCGGCAGAUUUGCGUUGUCCCCUCGCAGCAGCUCCUGGCCCAGCUGACCCGGUGGACGUGCGAUCUGUGGUUCGCGGCCGACGCGGCGCUCAUGGCGGCCGUGCGCAGCCGCUGCCCGGACUUCGACCUGGCCGGGUUCCUGGCCCGCGCGGCCAGCACCCCCGCCUCGGUGUCCGCCUGCGAGGCCGACGGUCUGAUUCCCCCGAUGCCGGGCAGCGCGUCGGCCGGGGAAAUGCGCUUCUGGGUGCAGGCCCUGGCCCGGGGGGUCGGCGGCCCGGGCGGGCCAUCUGCCCCGGGGCCGAGCCCGGCCCCGGCCUCCUCCCUGUCCAUGCUGGAUGAGCGCGACGCCUUCCCCGAGACCGCCAGCGCCGGCCAGUGGGUCGAGCUCUCGGACGAUGAGGGCACCCUCACCGAUGAGGACCCGGAGUCGGGGCUGGCCAUGGCCGACGGCCACAGCGAUGGCGAUGGCGAUGCCGAUGCCGAUGCCAAUGGCGAUGGCUUGCCCGGGCCCUGGCCCAGCCUCGAUGAUGCGCGGGCGUCCAACCCGAUCCCGGCCCCGGGGUCGGCUCCGGCGGCCACCCCGGCCGCGGCCACCCUCCUGGACCCGGAUGCCUUCAUCGCCGGCGGCCUGGCCCCGGCCAUCGGGGCGCCCUUCACCCUGCUGGUCACGCCGACCAUGCUGCAGGACCUCCUUGAUCGGGAUGAGCUGCCGCUGGGCCGUGUCCAGCUGCUGGCCGUGGACGAGGCCGACGCCGUGGUCCGCCCCGUGGGCCGGUAUUCCACCAAGCGCACCAACAGCAAGCACCACCUCCAUCCGCCCAAGGGGGCUCUGGCGCUGAAGGCCAUCCGGCCCCUGGUGGACUUCCGCUGCCAGACCGUUGUCACCAGUGCCACCUUCAACAACCCCACGCGCUAUGACUUGCGCGGGAUGGGCUGGCUCGCGCGCCCCCUCUACCAGUCGGACCUCGGCCCCAACCGGUCCUACCUGCAGGAGGGCAUCGUCCAGUACUUCGUGCCCAUUGAGGACCUCAUGCGCUCGGACCCGACCCUGGACGAGAUUGAUCGCAUCCUCCUCCAGGGCGCCGGCGGGGAGGCCGACGCCACGGGCCCGGUCCAGGAGGACUUCGACGAGGAGGUCAUUUCCCCCGAGCAAAUGGCCAUCCUCCUGAAGAAGGACCCCUCCCUGAUGUACACCCCGCCGCCGGGCACGCCCGACGACCCGCAGCAGCAGCCGCAGCAGCAGCAGCAAGACCCCACCGGGCACGCGGGCCACCCCCAGGAGGACGCCUGGUCCACCGACAGCGACGAGGACGCCUGGUCCACCGAUGGGUGGGGCAGCGACCUCGACCUCGACGACUUCCCCCGCGAGGAUGUCGACGCUCUGCUGGACAUCAGCCGGACCUUCCCGCCGGAACGCCUGCGCGAGCUGGCCGUCAUCGGCCGGUCCAUCAGCUCCUACCAGCCCACCUCGGCCAUCCUGUGUGUCGGCGAGCAAAUCAGCGUCCCGCGCUUGGUCGACACGCUGACCCUGCUGAACCGCAUCCAUGGGCUCGGCUUGCCGGUGGUGCACAAUCUGGAUGAGCUGCUGCUCCACUCGCGGCCGAUGCUCUUCCAGCCGGAGCUUCUGACCCGGCACCGGACCCCGAUGGACCAGCUGGCCGGGCGGAUUGACCGCGCGGCCGGCGACCCGGCCUCCGGGGCCCCGGGCCCGGACGCCGAGUUGGACCUGGACCCGGCCGACAUCGGGUCCAUGGAUGCCCAUACGCUGGAUCGCUUUGCCCGGCGGGCGUCGCAGCUGAAUCGCCCAUUCCCCGGGCCCGGGCUCUUUGUGGCGCGGAAUUCCACCGUCCGCGGCCUGGACACCCGCGGCCUGAGCCAUGUUUUCAUUUACGACCUGGACACGUCCACCAACCAUCACGCGCAGUACCUCCACUCGAUUGGUCGCCUGUGUCGGCGCCCGGGCGAAACCGGCGUCAGUGUCCUGUACUAUGGCACCCCGGAUGCGGCGUAUGUUGACCGCCUGCGCAAGGACCUCUCCCUGGCCGAGGCAGAUGGCGCGCUGGACGCCCUUGGCCCGGCCGCCGGUGCCGGCCCCGGCCAGGAGGAUGAGGAUCAGCAGCAGCAGCAGCAGCAGCCCCAGCUGCCCGAGUGGGUGCUCAAGCGGGAGUUGGAGCUGCAGAAGCGGCGCGAGAGUGUUCGCCGCCGCCGGGCUCUAUUUGCUUAGCAUCGCCAUGCUGCCUGGGUCCGUCUCCCUCUCCUUCGCUGCACGCCUACCCCCCCAUAGAUAGAAUAGAUAGACGCACGCGGACUCGCGCACGAGAA